AGCGCGGCGGUUGGUGUGGAUCAUUUUGCCGCAAAAUACGGCAGAAGGGAGCGGCCGAAGAGUGAACUGUCAAAAGGGACACAGCCCAGGUGUUCCGGGAAUCCAUCCUACCUCACAAUCCAUCCUACCCGUUGUUUCUGCGCAUACGUUGCGCAUGCGCACAACACAAACCCCAAAUUUACUUCAUUUUAACCCAUUGUGAAUAUUUGUUAUGGUUCGGUUCGGUCAGAAGUCACCGUCACAUGAUAACACGGGCAGGACAACGGGCUUACACAGAACCUGACACCACGUCCCCUCCUCUCGGUUUCUCUUUUCUUUUGAGACCGGCUGAGCAGGAAGUCGCGAUGCCAGCAAGUCACGUGUAGCACCCUCCUCCUCCUCCUCCCUCCUCUCGGCUGCUGUCGGGUGUGAUGGAGUGCCGUGAGGCCGUCGUGUCGUACCUGAGCUGGGGUCUGGUGGUGGGUGGGGGUGCUUACCUGCUGCGGCAGAUGCAAAACUGCGCAGAGUACGGCCGCUAUGCGCCCACGCAGGCGCACUGCUGCCCGGCCAGGCUCGGCUGGUUCUUGCAGGAGGUGCCGGCUCUCUUUGUGCCGCUGCUGCUGUUGCUGCUCCCCGCGGAGACCGGGAGCGGGACCGGGAGGAGGCUGCUGGUCGGCACCUUCAUGCUGCACUACUUCCACAGGAGCAUAAUCUACGCCUUGCUGACCAGAGGGCGACCCAUCCCGCUGAUCAUCAUCGUCUCCGCCGUCAUCUUCUGCUCGAUCAACGGUUUCCUGCAGGGCCACUUCCUGCUACACUGCGCUCGCUUUGAGGACACCUGGCUGACCCGCGCCCGCCUCACUGCAGGUGUUCUUGUGUUUGCACUCGGUAUGAUCGUCAACAUCCACAGCGACUACAUUCUGCGCGGGCUGAGGAAACCCGGAGAGGUUGUCUACAGAGUCCCCCACGGGGGCAUGUUUGAGUUUGUGUCGGGGGCGAACUUCUUCGGGGAGAUCGUGGAGUGGUGUGGAUACGCUGUGGCCGUCUGGUCUUUGCCGGCCUUCGCCUUUGCCUUCUUCACCAUCUGCUCCAUCGGGCCCCGAGCCUGCAUGCACCACAGAGACUACCAACAGAGGUUCAAGGACUACCCUCGCUCCAGGAAAGCCAUCAUUCCCUUCAUCCUGUGAGGAGCACCGAGCUCGGCUGACACCGGAGAUUGAAAUCUGCUCCUCUCAUCCGAAGUUCUUUACCAGCUUCACUCUUCAUCCAAAGUUUAUGCAUUUGUUUAAUCAUCACCUGCGUGGUUUUUACUCCUGACGUUGUCCUAGUGUUCCCGUUGAUGACGUAGCUUUCCUCUAAUGAGCAUCUGACUUCAGAGCGCGUCAUCCUGUGCUGGUGUGAUGCCGCGGCGCCUCAGAGUUGCAUUGCGCACAGAAUCAAGCCUCGACCCAAAGAUGUGAAUGAAGACUCCGAUGGAAAGAUUUAAAUUUGACGCUGUUCGGAUUCUUUCACCUGCUGGCUCCACACGGCCUGUUUUUUAGUUCUGAUGUAGCAGCGUUUGCAGGCUGGAAGGCGGUGUUCUGGAUAUCAUCACUUGUGUUAUGAUGCAGGUCCGAGUGUGCGUGGGUCAGCCUGGUUCGCUCUGAGGCCAGCAGCAGCACGCCGUAAUAACGGAACGUUUUUAACAAUCGCAUUUGUGAAUAAUGGUUUUUAAAUGGUCUUCGUCUUACUGCCGUUUAGCUAAAAUCAUCUUUGUUCACAUUUAUACUUUUUAUUGUUUGUCAUUGUUUGUCGGCUUUAAACAGCUGAAAAACCUCAAACAUACCAAAGCUGAACGUAGACUGUGAGCGCACGGGGACAGGAAGUGACAACUAAAAUAAAGCAGGAAGUAACCAGACACAGCGAAGAGAAGAAAACAGAAGAAAACUGAGCAAAUGUAAGACUUUAAAGGUUUCCAGGUUAUUCUUAGUGACUUCAGCAUGUUCAGGCGUCCGUGUGAAACGGUCUCCAGAUGAAGGCAGGAGCUCAUCCUCACACACUGAAGAUUGACUUCCUCUUUGUAUGGAAGGAUUUUUGUCAUUUUAUGAUUUUGUAAUAUUACAAACACAAAAAAUGUAAUUUUCAUAUUUAAUGAAUCAAAACGGUUUAAAAUUCAGUCUUUUGAAAAAAGCAUGUUUUAAUUUCUGAUGACCGCAGGUUGAUCCGAAGGUGGGGCCCAAGCCUUAGUUUGCUAACCAGCUUUUCCAUCACGAAACUCUGAGACUGAGAAAAACAAACGUGCCGUGUUUGGACAUUUUAUGAAAAAAUGUUCUUGACAUGAUGAAAAUAAUAUUCGUUACAGCAGAAGCGGUGUCUGCUUUACAAAUUACUUCAGAUGAUUUUGUCUCAUUUAAAAUGCUGUCUAAUAAAAUAAAACAUAUUAAUUAAAUUAA